AGGAGAAAGAAAGAGACAAGCCCUCUUCCACCUUUUCUUCGUUCCACCUUCUCUGGUCCAAAGACAACACAAUACAAUACAUACACACACUCUCACACGAUUAUUGACAAAAUAACAAAAUAACGCACUCUGUUCAAAUCCAUUCCACGUGUUGAGUUUGAUCGCAGUUUCAGAUCUCGUGGAUCCGAGCUCAAGCGUAACAAACAAUGGCGAAACCGAGGUACUCUCGUCUUCAACCUCGCAAAUCAUCGUCUUCGUCAACGCUCAUCCUCACUCUCUUCCUCGUCUUCACCUUCCUCGUCCUCAUUCUCCUCGCGCUUGGUAUUCUCUCUAUUCCUUCGUCCUCGCGCACCGAUUUGCCCAAACCUAACGAUCUAACUUCCAUUGCUCAUAGCACAAUCCAAGCUUCCGACGUUGACGACGAUAGGGGAGAGCAGUGGGUUGAAGUAGUGUCGUGGGAGCCGAGAGCUUUUGUUUAUCACAAUUUUCUGACGAAGGAGGAAUGUGAUUAUCUAAUUGACGUAGCAAAGCCAAACAUGCAAAAGUCAACGGUUGUCGACAGUGAAACAGGAAAGAGUAAAGACAGCAGAGUACGUACAAGCUCUGGAACUUUUCUGGCCAGAGGUCGCGAUAAGGUUAUCAGGAAGAUUGAGAAAAAACUUUCUGACUUUACUUUCAUUCCUGUUGAGCAUGGUGAAGGACUUCAAGUUCUGCACUAUGAAGUUGGACAAAAGUAUGAGCCUCACUAUGACUACUUUCUGGAUGACUUUAACACUAAGAAUGGGGGUCAGCGAAUUGCAACAGUGCUGAUGUAUCUUACUGAUGUUGAAGAAGGGGGUGAGACUGUGUUCCCAGCUGCAAAAGGGAAUUUUAGUUCUGUGCCAUGGUGGAAUGAGCUUUCUGAUUGUGGAAAAAAAGGACUUUCAAUUAAGCCGAAGCGGGGCGAUGCUUUACUUUUUUGGAGCAUGAAGCCAGAUGCAACAUUAGAUCCAUCAAGCUUACAUGGAGGUUGUCCAGUGAUUAAGGGUAAUAAGUGGUCAAGUACCAAAUGGAUGCGUGUCAACGAAUACAAAGCUUGAGUAUACAUUGCUAUAGUUAUCAGGUUUCUCUGAAUUCGUCACGCCAAUUGUAUACGAUUUGAAUCUCAGCUAAAGCUUUGCGUGACAAUGCUUCAAAUUUGGAAGGAAAUAUUACAGCAUGAUGUGGCAUUCUGUAGUUUUGGAUGUUCAGUUGUAAGCUAACUCAUUUUUUCCCCUACCUUUUCAUUUAUGAUAUUUGAAAAUACAAUAAAAAAAGAUUAUGUACUGGUUAAUUUACAAUAGGGAUGUUCAAGAAAAUGUAUGAAACCAAUAGACGGAGCAAGUAUACCAGUUUUUUUUCCUGGGAA